AGAAAUCAAAAUUCUCUAUUAAUCUAUUUCUUCUUGUCCAAGAGAAACGAAAACCAAAAUCUGUCCAUCUUUCAUCUAUUUCUUUUUAGUACCAUGAUCGGCGCCGAUCAUGAUCCAUGAGACUUGACAUUGAAGUAAGACGUGAGUUCGAGUCCAUCAUCUCAGUUUCGUGAUUCAAGUAUCUCCUACGGUCUUGACCCAAUUGAGAUUCCGAGUGACGACGAUGACCAACAAAAAGUCUCUGUCUUUGCCUUUAAAUCUUCGUUUAGAAGAUGAUAACAAAGUUGCUGAUGGAGUGAUAAGACGGAUUGUUGCUGUUUUACGGGUCGGGUCACCGGAUUGUAAAGCGAUUGCUCCUACUCUGUCAACGAGUUUAGCUGUUGUUGAAGUGAAUAAAACCACUACUGGAUCGUAUCUUGAUGCUCUUGUUUCUUUUCUCCGGGUAGGGAAUGAUAGGGAGAGAAAGGAAUCAGCGACGGCUCUUUACGCUCUUUGCUCGUUUGCCUAUUUUGUAAUGGAAGAAAUUGGGAGAAUCGGAGGAGCUGAAGCAGUCAUAAAUCUCAAACUUGGUUCUUCGGUGCCAAUUUCGUAUCACCCAUGUUUUGGGCCUCAUGAGGAUCUACUUCUUCUUGAAGCUGAUGACAAACUCGUCUCUGAUAUCUUCCAUGAAAGGGUGACAUUGAGAGGACUUCCUGAUGAAGAUGCUGUUCUUUGCACCAAGUCUAAGACUUAUGCUAUCAAAUUUGUUGGUAAUUCUAAUUCCAUGUUCCUUAUUCCUCCUCCAUCAAUUUGUCCUGGAGAUGCGCAAGUUUCUGAUACCAACAACAACGAUAAACCGCUUGUAUCGGUUCUCAAAAUCGCUCCUGGUAAUAUGGAACUUGUUGAGGUUUCUCCUAGGCUUGAUAAACUUAAGCAGAUUCUCUUGGCAAAUCCUUUUGGUGCUGGUGAUGUAGAAGCUAUGAUGGAUAUUGAUGAUGAUUUAGACCAUAAUGGGAAGAGGGAUCUUGCGUUGUAUACAUGGAGUGAUUUGGUUAACACGGUACAAGCGAGUGAUGAGGAGUUACGCAAUGGAUUGCAGAGUCUUUCUGCUAUUGAGAUUGAUGGUUACUGGAGGGUUAUAGAUGAGAAUUACCUAGACGUGAUUCUGAGAAUGCUCCUUCAUAACUGUGUAUUGAAAGAUUGGUCGUUUGAUGAUCUCGAUGAAGAUGAAGUUGUGGAUGCGUUAGUAGCUGAUGAGUUUCCUAGUCAACUAGCGAGUCACUGCUUGCGCGUGUUUGGCUCUAAAGUUAACGAAACUGAUAAGUGGAAGUUGGAACCAAGGCUUGUAUGUUUGCACUUUGCUAGACAGAUACUGAGAGAAGAAAAGAUGAGACUUGAGAGUUUCAUGGAAGAGUGGAAGAAGAAAAUACCAGAUGGGAUGGAAGAAAGAUUUGAGAUGCUUGAAGGAGAGGUUUUAACAGAGAAAAUCGGGAUCGAAACACGGGUUUAUACAUUCAGCGUACGCUCUCUGCCUUCAACUCCAGCAGAACGGUUUUCAGUACUCUUUAAACAUAGAUCAAAAUGGGAAUGGAAAGACUUAGAGCCUUACCUAAGGGAUCUUCAUGUUCCUAGACUUUCUAUGGAAGGUUUGCUUCUGAAAUACACACGCAGAGCACAACCUAAAGCUGAUGCACCACCUGUCUUUAGUGCAAGAUAAGAUAGCUUCUCUAUUUCUAAACCUUUUGGCUUCUUUGUUUUGUGUUAUUUGUUGAUGUUAGAAGUGAAAUUACAGGUCACAGAUCAUCCAG